GUCAGAGGCUACUCUCUGUAGUAGUUCGUUUCGUUCAUCAAAUUUUUUGGAAAAAAAUUAGUUUUAAUUGCUUAGAAAUAGAUAGUUUAUUAUUUAAAAAUAUUAAAGAAUAUUUGAAAAUGUGGUAAACAUAUAUAUAAUUCGCUCCUUUAAAAUAAUGACGAUUUGAUUAUAAAAAAGUACCAAAGCCAAUUGCAUAACCAUCUAUCUUCGUGAGAGCGAGAGAGAGUGAGAGAAGGAGUAGAAACUAAAACUGUGAAGAUGGCAGUUUUUCUCCUAAAUAUUUGCAAAUUCGAUGGCUGUGGUAUAACUUUUCCAACUUUAAUGGAUUUAAUAGAACAUAUUGAAUCAACACAUAUAGACUACGACCCAAAAGUAGUUGAACAAAAGGAACAGGCUCAGCCCACCUGCUUACCUUUAAGUUAUGUUCUUAGAUUUAUUGAUGCUACACGUAAGGAAAGCCCUUUUAUAUCAUCUGGGGCUCAUUCUGUAGAUUUGAAAAGAAAGUUGGCAAUUAAACACCAUAGCUAUAGUAUGUCUUCUUCUAACAGAAGUAACACUCCAACAGGAAGUGAACUGGAUGAAGACGAAAUGAUGGUGUCAGAGUCGGAAGAUAGUAAUGACUCUUGGACCACUGAAGAAUUCAGUUCAGAGUUCAUUAUGCGAUAUGGCAGCAGACAUUCUGGUUCUUCCAGUGGGACCCCAGGAAACGAGAAACCAUUUGCGUGUCCUGUGCCUGGAUGUAAGAAGCGAUAUAAAAAUGUGAAUGGUAUAAAGUAUCAUUCCAAAAACGGUCAUAAGAAAGAUGGAAAGGUCCGAAAGGGUUACAAAUGCCAUUGUGGAAAAAGUUAUAAAACAGCACAGGGCUUAAAAAGUCACGCCCUAUCAUCACAUAAUUCAUCUCCAGAUAUAAUAAAUGGGAAUAAUAUUAAUAACAAUAACAACGUUAAUAAUAACAUUAAUAUAAACAGUACUAAUAACUUAAAUAGUAAUAAUAAUAUUGUUAAUAACUCCCAGAAUGGAAGAAGUUCCCCUUCUCAGUCCAUUGGUUCAUCAAGUCCAUCUAGUGUUAGUAAUUUAUCAGGAAGCAGUUCAUUAAGUUCCAAUAUUGGCGGUACUUUAUCUUUGAGUACUGUAAAUCAAAGUCAGCAAACUUCUAUAAUUACUCAACAUUCUAUUCAACCAAUAGCAUCUUCUGCAACAACAAUAUCAGUUGCUCCUACCGGCUUGGUCCCAUCAAACACUACUAUAAAUCAAAAUUCAGCAACUGUGAACAGCACUAAUAUUGCCAGCAAUAUUCUUAAAGGUAAUUUAGGUUUAAUAUCUAUAAAAACAACUUCAGGAAAACCGGCAACAACUGCGAACUUAAUAGCAGCUAAUAAAAUAUUAAAAUUAACUGCAACAAUAGCGUCGACAAGUGCCAAUAACAGUAUUGCACAGAAUGAAAAAUUAAAAUUCGAAUUGACUUCCACGGGAAAUUCAAUAUCAACUAAUACAAACACCAAUAACAACAAUAACCAUAAUCAGGGUAAUACUUUUGAAAAUCUUCCACUAACUCCAAUCAGCCCAAAUAUGCAGCAACAAUCACAACAAAUUACGAAAACGCUUACUGCAGCCGGCAAUACUAUAACUGGAGCUACUAUUCUGGGUACAAAUGGAAAUGGAAUAACUCUUUUAACUACAGGACCUACAACAGUCCAUGGUGGGGUAUUAAAUGAAAAACCGAACGGCGAUGACACGUAGCCUAUACUCAAGACAUUAUUAAUGAGAAGAAAAUAACAUUAUUAAUUUUAAUAAAUAUUAAAAAAAAAACAAAAAAAAAAAAACAAAAAAAAAUACUAUUGUUAUUGGAUUACAUUA